CUUCGAAUUACAUUUGCCGACUGAAAAUCCUCCUCAUGACAAUCCGCUGUUGAUUCCCACUGAACUGAUCUCUCAUGGCUGGCAGAAGAGUUGUGGUCUUUCCCUCCUCAGCCGAGCUUGGCCCGGUGCUGGCCCAGCUGGUGGCAUCGAGGGCUGAGAAGGCCAUCAGCUCUCAUGGCAGGUUCACCCUGGGGCUCUCUGGAGGAAGCCUUGUGUCCAUGCUCAGCAAAGAGCUGCCCGCCCUGCCUGACCUGGACUGCAGCAAGUGGGUGGUUGGAUUCUGUGACGAGCGGCUUGUUUCCUUUGACGAUCCUGAAAGCACCUACGGGCUUUACAAGUGUCAGUUGUUUUCCAAGAUCAACAUCCCUGACAGUGGGAUCUUAACCAUUGACUCGUCUUUGCCAGUCAACGAGUGUGCUCAGGAUUAUACCCGCAAACUGAAGGAGGCAUUCCCAGAUGACGACUUCCCAGUGUUUGACCUGUUACUGCUGGGUAUGGGACCAGAUGGACACACCUGUUCCCUCUUUCCAGACCAUCCUCUCCUUGAGGAAACAAAGAAGAUUGUGGCCCCCAUCAGCGACUCUCCCAAACCACCGCCUCAGCGAGUGACUAUGACCCUUCCAGUGGUGAACUCUGCACGCUGUGUGGUUUUUGUAUCAACUGGAGGAAGCAAAGCACCGGUUCUGAAGGAAGUGUUGGAGGGCAGAGAGGGUCCAGCAUUUCCAGCGGCCCGCGUCGCCCCGACUAACGGCGAGCUGUUCUGGCUUGUUGAUGACCCCGCAGCUACCUCCUUAACUAUUCAGGUAGAGAGGUUAAGCUCUGGGGCCAAACUGUAGAGCUUUCCAUCUUCUGAAUGACAGCAGGAAGUAAACACUGGUGUGAAAGCUAAAUGAGGAAACUGGAACAUACUGCAGAACAUUCCUACUCUGGAAGUUUACUUAGUUUAUGUAAGUGAGAUUGUGAGGUAGGAUGUGGAGAUGAAUAGAAAGACUCAGGACAGAGUUUUAAUUUGCAGUGUAAGAUUUAGCACUUAUUGGACUUUGUGGUCACUGCGUGUGUGUGUGUGUGUCAGGUUUGGUUUUAUUCAGUAAGGUUUAAAAAAAAAAAAAGGGGUUUCUUAUUGUCAUUUUGGCCGUUUGUCUGACCUUCACAUCCAGAAUAAUGUACAGUAUGUGCAGAGUUUGACACUUAAAACAUGCAGCUCACAUGACUGUCUGCAGAUAUCAGUGGAAUGGGAGAUGUCUUGCACAGAAUACAGAAAUACAGAAAAUAA